AUGCUUUCCUUAUAUCUUCAUCUUCUUCUAAUUGUUGUAGUUGCUGCAUCCCAUUAUAGAGGUGGAGCCAUAUCAUAUACAAUUCGUGCUAUUCCUGUCAAUAUAACAGGUGAUGGUCAACAAAUAGCAGUGCGUAUCACUCAACGACAUUCAUGGCGUCGUUCUGCUCAUUUUUGUAAUAAUACAUCCCCAAGUUCAGGCAACUUAAUUGGAGAAGGUAUGCUUGUCUGGAAAUCAAAUCAGAAUAUGUUAUCGCCUACAGUUCCUUCAAUUAAUAACCAAGUACGAUGUACAGAUUAUAAUGAAGAAUUUGAUUAUAGUAGUGGUGAAAAUUCGACUACUGUUCUUUUACCUCUCAACAGUCGAAUUGAAUAUUUAUAUGAAGGAUGUUGUUGGAUAACACUCUUACCACCUGAUUCAGAAUCAGGAUGGGCAUUAAAACUUGUCGUUAAUACAAAUCGACGUCUCGAUGGAACAUUGAAUAAUUCUCCUAAAACAACAAUGAAUCCAAUUGUUCAAGUUGAAAUUGAUAAAAUACAUAUUAUCCGUAUUCCAAUGGCUGAUAGUGAUGGUGAUUCACUACGAUGUCGAUGGGGAAAUUCAGCAGAUGAAUGCGGAAGUAUAUGUGCAUCAAAAGGUAAUCUUCAAUCAAAUCCAUGUGAAUUAACAUACAAUGCUUCUCAAUCUGGUUACCAUGCUGUUGCGAUUGUAAUCGAAGAUUUCGAUUCGGAUGGAAGUGUUCUCUCGGCUAUUCCACUUCAAUUUCUCAUUCAUAUUGUUAAUGAAACAAUUGAACCUAAUUGUGCUGAACCACCUAUUUAUAUUGGUGAAUGGUCAGAAGAUUCAUGUAUUGGUAUUGAAUCAAAUACAACAUUUAAAGCACGUAUACAAAUACGUAUUCCAUGUGAGAAUACAAGCACGACUUUACAAGAUAUUUUGACUGUGUCACCAGGUGGUCUCAUUAAAGGAGAAAUAACUCGUGAUCCAACAAAUGAAAAUAUAUAUACAAUGCCAAUUGAAUGGACACCUGAAUCAGAUCAAUAUGGUAUACAUCAAUUAUGUGUAACACCUGUUGAUUCUCAACGACAAAUAGGUUCUCAAGUAUGUUUAACAUUUCAAGUUGAUGUUCAUCCACCAGAAUUUAUAAGUAUGAAACCUAUGAGUUUCAUAUCUGCUACUCAAUCAUCAUGGACACUUGAAACUGAUCGAGAUAUUAUAAGACCAAGACGAUCUAAUGGAGUUUAUAUUAGAUUUUUCAAACGUUCUAAUAAUGAAGAAGUUUAUCGUAUUGAUGUUGCUACUGAUGUUACUGUUUUUUAUCAAUCACGAAUAAUAACAUUUUUUACAGCAGGAUAUACAUGGGAACAAAAUGAAGAAUAUUAUAUUUUGUUAGACGGUGGAGUCGCUACUCUAAAUGAAUCAUGUGGUGUUGAAUCAAAUCCUAUCAAUGAUCAUUAUGCUUGGACAUUUCAAGUAGCAGUAACUGAAACUACUACUAUCGAAGAGAUUUAUACUUCUAACCUACUUGUUUCAACGACAACAACUCAAGAAAUAACUACAACAAGACAACCAAUUUCUCCUCCUGGACGUGAAUGUUCACAAUGGCUUCACUUCGAUACAAUCUCUAAUGAAAGCACAAAUGCUAAUAAACCACAAUUUACUUUUUGUUUUAGUGUCAAUACAACAUCAGCUGAUGUGACAAUAUCAGCUAAUACAUGGGUAUCUUGUAGAAUGUGGAAAUUAUCAGGUGCUGCUGAUCCUUUACUCGAACUCUAUUCAGAAGCAAAUGGCAACUUUUUAGCUCAAAAUGAUGAUGGUAAUAGUCUUCCAUUGCAGAAUUGUUAUGCAGCUGUAUUAAGUUAUCGUCUGCAGAAAGGAGAUUAUCGUGUGAUUAUUCGAAAUCCUAAAUGUGCAUAUGGAAGAUUUGAAUUACGAUUAUCAGCUGAAAUCAAUCAAAAUCUAAAAUAA